AUGCUACCUUUAAGAAGCUGCCAGACUAAUAUCAUCGUGACGUGUGGAAAUCAAUGUAACCUCGCUCGUGAGAAAAACAUAAAAAAACUGCUGGAGCAGAAGAAGAAAGCUGAAGCUGGAGCCCGAGAAGCUAACGCUGGACUCUCGAGUGAUGCACGGAUGAGGUUGAAACAGGAGGAAGCAGCUGCGAAAAAAGCCGCUGAGGAAGCAACAAAAGUGGCAGAUGUGAAAAAAGUGAAAAAGAUUGAUCCGCUCAAAAUGUAA